AUGCCUUUGACCCGUCGCCAUCACCACACAACCACCACCACAACCACCGCCCGGCCCUAUCGCCGCAGCAUCUUCUCUCGUCGCACUCCUCGUCAGCCUCGCGUGCACCAUCAGCGCAAACCCACCCUCAAGGACAAAGUCAGCGGCGCCCUUACCAAGCUCAAGGGAAGCCUGACUCACCGUCCUGGUGUAAAGGCUGCUGGAACUCGCAGAAUGAGAGGCACAGAUGGCCGUGGAUCGCAUCGCCCCAGAAGACGCUUUUGGUAA